CUGUUCUUCUCUCCCUCCCGCAAUUGUAGAAGCUCUGGAAACUUCGUCAGAAUGUCUUUUGGGACACGCACUCGCUCUUACCCACUUGACAACAUUUAUUCCUAAAUAAACCUCCGCAAACCAAACGAUUUUCUCGCAGUUUCUCAGCAACCAAACAACACACAAAAAAAUUUCUCUGCUUCUCCCUCUCUUGCCUAACCACGUUCUCGCCACAGAAAAAAAAGGAAAAAAAAAGGGAUCUCAACUGUCUCAGCGAUUAUAUCCCUACAUCAUCGGCAUCGGCAUUCUGGUGCUGGUAAAAUUAAACCUGGUGUACAAUGACUGUUGAUUCGGCUAAUCGGAAGGAGUUCGUUAUAAAGAUUGAUGGUGGAAGUAGUCAGAGCAACGCUUCCGGUGGUGGCGACAGGAUUUGGGGAGACUCGGGUUAUGAUUUUUUGGGUGAUUCUUAUAAACUGAUGAAGAACGGGAAAAAAGAGAAUAUGGAUGUGGCUGCGAGUAGUGGUGGUGGAAAUAACAGUGGUGAGGAUUUUGAUUUUAUUCCGGGUAAGCAAGUGAUCGAUGACCCGCCGUCGAAGCUGAUCGGGCAGUUCUUGCACAAGCAGAAAGCGUCCGGGGACUUUUCGCUAGAUAUGGAUUUGGAGAUGGCCGAGCUUCAGCCCGGAAAUCGGGUUUUGCCACCGGUUUCAGAAUCUCUGUCAGCUUCAGGGAAUCGGGUUUCUAUUGAGCAGCCGGUUAAUAGUCAGCGGGAAAGUGUGAGGAGGAGACAUCAUUCGGAGUCACCGGAAAAGGAGGACGGUGGUGAUGAGGACGAAGUUGUGAGAUGCAGCUCGACUGCUUCGUUUCAACGGAGUCAGGGUUCCUUUCAGAGCCAGACGAGCAAUUUGUUGAAGACUAAAACAAAGUCGAGGUUGAUGGACCCACCAACUCCUGAAAGAGGGGGAGGGGAGCCAAGGUCUGCAAAAGCAGCGGUGGGAAGGUCUGGGCAGAUGAUGAGAUCUGGGUUUAUUGGGAAAACUGUGGAGGAGCAAGAGGAGGAUGAUUCAUUAUUUGAAGAGGACUUGCCUGAGGAGUUGAAGAAGGAGAAGUUAAGUGUAUGGUUUCUGCUCCAAUGGGUGAGUCUGAUUUUGAUAAUUGCCGCUUUUAUUUGUAGCCUUACAAUUCCUUAUUUGAGAGAGAAGAAACUUUGGAAACUUGACUUGUGGAAAUGGGAGGUCAUGGUUUUGGUUCUUAUAUGUGGAAGGUUGGUUUCUGGAUGCAUUGUAAAGAUAAUUGUGUUUUUCAUUGAGAGAAAUUUUCUGUUGAGGAAAAGGGUUUUGUAUUUUGUUUAUGGGUUGAAGAAGUCAGUUCAGAAUUGUUUAUGGUUGGGCCUGGUUUUGAUAGCUUGGCACUAUUUGUUUGAUAAAAGGGUUGCUAAGGAAACCAAUAGCAAGGUUCUUAGAAUUGUAACCAAAAUUUUGGUUUGUCUUGUGGUGGGUGUGAUGUUGUGGCUUGUGAAGACUCUUUUGGUGAAGGUGCUUGCCUCUUCUUUUCAUAUGAGCACCUACUUUGACAGAAUCCAGGAAUCACUGUUCAAUCAAUACGUAAUUGAGGCACUUUCAGGUCCCCCAUUGACUGAAAUCCAAAAAAUGGAAGAGGAAGAGGAGAGAACUGCAAAUGAAGUUAGGAAUCUAGAGAAUGCUGGUGUAGCUAUCCCUCCAGGCAUUAAGGCGUCUCAGUAUUUGUCACCCAAAUAUAGGAGAGUGAUAGGGAGUGGAAUAUUGCAGAAAAGUCCACGAGAUAAAACUCCUAAACUUUCCCACACGGCUUCUAAGAAGGGGGAUAAAGAAGAUCAGGGGAUAAGUAUAGAUCACCUUCACAAAUUGAACCCUAAGAACGUUUCAGCUUGGAAUAUGAAGAGGCUGAUGAAUAUUGUUCGAAAUGGUCAUCUUUCUACAUUGGAUGAGCGGAUACAAGAUAGUGCUUAUGGGGAUGAGUCAACUGAAAUUAGAAGUGAAUAUGAAGCAAAAAUUGCAGCUAGAAAAAUAUUCCAGAAUGUUGCUAAGCCAGGUUCCAAGUACAUUUAUUUGGAAGACAUUGAGAGAUUCAUGCGAGAUGAUGAGGCCUUGAAAACUAUGAGUCUCUUUGAAGGAGGAUCUGAAAGCAAGAAAAUUAGCAAAUCAGCCCUGAAGAAUUGGGUGGUUAAUGCUUUUAGAGAACGGAGGGCACUUGCAUUGACAUUGAAUGAUACGAAGACAGCUGUCAACAGACUUCAUCGGGUGGUAAAUGUCUUGGUUGGCAUCAUCGUCCUGGUGAUUUGGCUCCUCAUACUAGGAAUUGCAACCAGCAAAUUCCUUCUCUUUGUUAGCUCUCAACUUGUUGUGCUUGCAUUUGUAUUUGGAAACACCUUGAAGACAAUAUUUGAGGCUAUUAUCUUCUUAUUUGUAAUGCACCCAUUUGAUGUUGGUGACCGUUGUGACAUUGAUGGUGUUCAAAUGGUGGUAGAAGAGAUGAACAUCUUGAAUACUGUUUUCUUGAAAUUUGACAACCAGAAGGUCAUAAUCCCAAACAGUGUUCUUGCCACUAAGGCUAUCUAUAAUUACUAUCGUAGUCCUGACAUGGGAGAUGCGGUUGAAUUCUGUGUACAUAUAGCUACUCCUGCAGAAAAGAUUGCUAUGAUGAAACAGAGGAUAUUAUGUUACAUAGACAACAAGAAGGACCACUGGUAUCCAGCACCAAUGUUUAUAUGCAAGGAUGUGGAAGAUUUGAAUAGAGUGAGGUUUGCGGUAUGGCUAACACACAGGAUGAAUCAUCAAGACAUUGGAGAGAGGUGGGUAAGAAGAUCCCUCUUGGUAGAAGAGAUGGUCAAGAUUUUCAGGGAGCUGGACAUUCAGUACCGCUUGUAUCCCGUUGACGUCAAUAUCCGGAGUUUGCCUAUGCCUACCCCUACCGUAACCUCCGACCGCCUUCCUCCCAACUGGACAGCAGCAGCGAGCUAAGCUGGGAUACACACACUAGAGACCUAAUUACCUGGAUUUGGUAAUUACUUUGGCUACCUAGAUUUGAACUAUUCUUGUCUUUCAUUGAGCUCUGCUCUCCAAGGAGUUGAGGGCCAGUUUUGCCUACUCAUGAAGUCAGUUUUUAAUCCUACCAAUAUCAAGACCAUCCUGGAGACAUGGUUACUGUAUUGAGAGGAUAGCUUGGUACAAUUUGCUCAAUAUUCCAAUCAUCCAAAGUAGCAAUUCAAGCUCUUUCUGGACAUUGCAUAAUUGCGGCAGAGGAUCUCCUGUUCCUAUAGCCUGAAUAUUUUAUUUAAGUAUAUUAUGUACAUGCAUAAUAAUAUAAAUUUUAAUAUUAUGUAUACAUAAUAAUAUAAAAUUUAAUAUUAUGU